GCGACGGGGCCCGUCCCGGGUUUAACGGGGGAUUAACGGGCAGGGCAGCGGUGCAGGGGCCGGGGGUAACGGGGCCGUGUGUUCCCGCCCGCGGGGGUCCCUGCGAGCCCUCAGGACUCGCGGCCUGCAGAGCCCCGGUUUUGGCGGAAAACCGGCGCUCCGGCCGCGGGGCUGCCGCCUCCAUCCGCUCCCAGGCGGGGUUUGUCCGGCCCUCCGCUGGAUUCCGCUCCCUGCGGGGCUGCGGGCCCGGGGGCGAGCCUGAGGUGCCAGUGCCGACCCCUCUCGGUGUAUGUGUGGUAACAACAUGUCUGUCCCCCUCCUCGCCGACGCUGUCACCGUGUCAGGGGCAGAGCGGGAGACCGCCGCGGUCAUUUUCCUACAUGGCCUUGGAGACACGGGGCACAGCUGGGCCGAUGCCCUCUCCUCCAUCCGCCUCCCCUACGUGAAGUACAUCUGUCCUCACGCGCCCCGGAUCCCCGUGACCCUCAACAUGAAGAUGGUCAUGCCCUCCUGGUUUGACCUGAUGGGAUUGACUCCAGAUGCACCAGAGGAUGAAGCUGGGAUCAAGAAAGCUGCAGAAAACAUUAAAGCAAUCAUCGAGCACGAGAUGAAGAACGGGAUCCCCCCCAACCGCAUCAUCCUGGGGGGCUUCUCACAGGGCGGUGCCCUGUCGCUGUACACGGCUCUCACCUGCCAGCACCAGCUGGCCGGCAUCGUGGCGCUCAGCUGCUGGCUCCCGCUGCACAAGGCCUUCCCACAGGCGGCGAGCACCGGCGUGAACAGGGACAUCGCCAUCCUGCAGUGCCACGGCGAGCUGGACCCCAUGAUCCCGGUGCGCUUCGGGGCGCUCACGGCCGAGAAGCUCAAGUCUGUGGUCACCCCCGCCAAGGUGCAGUUCAAAACCUUCCCCGGAGUGAUGCACAGUUCCUGUCCUCAGGAGAUGAUGGCGGUGAAGGAGUUCAUCGAAAAGCUGCUGCCGCGGAUCUGAACGCAGCCCCUGGGGACAAUCGCGGGGGUGGUGCCGGGGUCACCGCCGCCCGCCCGUCCCUGUGACCCGCCCGCCGCCAGCGCACCUCCCGCCGCCCCCGCACCGCGCCCCCUCCGGCCGCUCCCGGAGCCCGCACCGGGGCGGGUUAAGGCGGGUCCGGGAGUGGCCUUUCCCCUCCUGCUCUGGCUCCGAGCGCUUCCCGGGGGGGGUUCCCCCGUCCCCUCGGCGCCCCGCGGGGCUGGCACGGCGCGGGUGAGGUUUUGCUGUUGGGUUUGGGGUUUUUGUACCAGUAUUAGCGGCGGGGCUGCGGCGGGAGGAGCGGGGCGGGGCCGGGGCACCCCCGGGGCUCGGGGCUCUGCUCAGGCGACUCGCGGGUUUUCAGUCAGAGCUCAGGAACCCGGGACUCCCCUGCGGACGCCUCCAGGCUCUGCCCGGGGCCGGCACCGCCAAAGCUGUGCCCGGGGCCGGCAGGGAGGGUCAGUGCAGCUCCCGCGCCUCCCGCACGGCCCCGCCUGUCACACACGCACACUCCCCUCAGCCAUCGGCCUGGGGCGGCUCUGCCCUCCCGAGAUAAUCACCUCCUUCCUCCUGCUGCUCCUCCUCUUGUUGCUUUUACAAUCUCCAUCUCUGGGGUCCCAGAGGCAUCUCCCCCCACUCAGCCCAGUUCUGCACCCUCGGAGCCCCCAAGCUUGGUUUACACUCACGGAGCCACCGGCCCCGUCUUUAAUGUCUUCUCUUGCUGCUACUCGUCCUUCCCUUUGGACUUGGGCUGGCUCGGGGAGGGGGAGUGAGGAGGGGUCCCUGGGCCCCGGGUUUGGCUCCUGGUGCAGCUGGAAGGAGCAGCUUUGCUCCCAGCCAUCAUCUCACCAGCAUCUGAGCGCCGGGUGCUGCUGUGCCCCAUCCUCUGCCCUCCCCUGUACAAUCCCCAGUGUCCCUCACCUGUGGCUUGUCCCCUCCCGAGUGCUGGCAGCGUGCAGGGCCCCGAAUGUCUCCUCUGGGGGGGCUCCUGGCUGACCCUCCCCUCCCACAGGGCCCAGGGCGGUGGCUGUGGAGCAGCUCUGCCCUCACCUGCUCCUCCCCCGGGCUGAGCCCCUGCCCGGGGCUGAUCACGGCUUUUACAACACCCCCACCUUCCCCUGGCCCCAGGGCUGGCCCCGCUCCCCUGCCUGGUGUCCCGGGGCCAUCGAGGGGGGACUGCCCUGGGGGCUGCCCUGGGGGGCUCUGGGGGCUGCCCUGGGGGCUGCCCGGGGGGCUCAGCCCCAGCAGUUCUGCUCCAGCCCUGCCCUUCCUGCCCGGGCUGUGCAAAGCAAUAACCGCCCUCUGGAGAGUGGAUGGUGGGGCCCACCCUGGGCACGGGGCUUUCCUUUUUGCCCCUUUUAGGAAGUCUGAAAGCAGCAGAGCUGCUGCUGGCACAGGGGGCAGCCCGGCUGUGCUCCUGCCCUGGGCUCUGCCCUGCUGGCUCUUGUCGCUGUUUUAAUGCUGCUGUGCCCCCACCUCUCACGCUUGCCUGGGGGGCAUGAGGGUGGCAGGGGUGGGACUGCAGCUCCCUGGGGCCACCAGGGGCUCCCUGGGGCCACCAGGGGCUGCCUGGGGUGCGACUGCAGCUCCCUGGAGGGACCAAGGGCUGGUGAAGGACAGACUGACCUGUUUGACUGUGAACUGGAACCGUGUGUGACGGGGGCCCGGGACCACCCCUGGGGCCCCUGGGGCCCCUCUGCAGAGCAUUCCUGCUCACUCCCUGCCCGAGCAGUGCCGGGAACCCGGCAGGGAGAUCGGCUUCUCUCCAUUCCUCAAUACAGCUUUGGGUUUUCUUGAUUGUUUCAGGUUUUUUUUUCUUUUGGUUUUUUUCCUCUUUUUUCUUUUGUUUUUUUUUUGGUUUUUCUUCUCUCUUUCUUGUCUUCCUUGUACAUGUUUGGGGUUUUUUGUGUGUGUGCGUGUGUUCCACAGAGAAUCAAGGUGAAAUAAAUCCUCAACCUAUCCCGGA